AUGUUUAUAAUUUUAUUAUUCUAGACUAUUUAUUCAUUAGGGCCAGACAAUUUUUUAUGUGGAUUGAGACUCUAUUAUGCCUAAGAUUCUUAUUUUUUACUUGAUUAGCAGAAUGAGAAGUAAAUUGUAUUUAUUAUACUUGAGUACUAUGCCAUACAUACUUACGAGCAAAUCUCCUCAUUUUGCAUUGGAUGUCUAAGAGAACUAUUAAUCAGCACAUAGCAUGAAUAAUAAUUCAUAUUUUCUCAUUAAUUUUCCUGAUGCAUAUAUUUUUGCAGGAAAUGCUAGCGAUCUAUAAUGGUUGUAAAUAUAGGAAUUCAAAGUACAACAAAAUUAAACUAAAGCAGAUGUUCUAAUCUAUAAUGAUUAUUAUGGUUAUUAUGUAGAUAAAGGCAAUCAAGGUGGUCAUUUAUUAAUUUCUUAACAAAAUCUGAUUAGAGAAUUUUCAUUUGGUAAAACGGAUGCAGUUGAUAAAUACCUGAAACCUGGAUUUAUUUAUAUUGUAACUUGGUCAUCAUAGGGAGAUGUUAGUAUGAUUCUUAAAAGGUUUAUUUAAUUCAUUACAUAAUCAGAAGGCAUUAAUUAUUGCUAAUAAAAGACUAUAACAAAUUCAUUAGAUUAAAUAAAAUGUAAUUUGGAUUUUAAUUUUGAUCAAUUAACUUUCCAUACUCCUGAUCUUUAUCAUCCACCAAUUCAUUAUUAUUUGGGAAAUCAAACAGUUAAUGGAUCUCUUACAAAUUAAUACUUUACAAAAAAUUAUCCAGGUUUAUAAGUUUUCGUUGCUUAGAAUUUAAGUGAUUCAUUAGAAAUUAGAUUGCCUAUAAAAAAUAUGGAAACUCAUUAAAAUGCUGUAGAAUCUCCUUUAAGUGGAUUAAUAAUUACUAUUUAAUAAGAAAACAGAGGGUUUAUACAUAUAUUAAUUUUUGAAAGUGAUGAAGGAAUUAUAAUAAAUUAUAAAGAAGAUGAAAAUUUGGCUUAUGUCACAAUUGGUAAAACAGAUUCAAAAGUUUUUGUGUUCUCUUUUGUUACUUCUUCUUUUACUAAAUUUCCUUAAAUUGAUUUAAUAUAGCAUGUAUUUCAAGAUUGCGUUAACAUCAUUUAGUAACGUAAUAAUGUUUGUGAGAAACCAAAUAAGGAGUGUUAAAGUCUUUCAUAUGAUUAUUUUCAUUAAUUUGAUUUUAAUUUAAAUUUUGAUUAAUAAGUUACAUUUAAACUAAAUGGAGAAUCCUUUUAAGCUCCUUUUAUAGAAUUGUAUGACAAUUUAAAUACAAUUUUAAAUGAAUUUACUAAUUUUAUAUCGUCAACAAUUAAUAAUAGAGAAAUGAAUCAUGGAGGAUAUAUUGGGUCAUUUUUGAGAAUUACUAAUUAAAAUUAAAGCAUUAAUUCAUUAAUUAUUAAUGAAUAGAAUGAAUAAUUAGAGGUGUAUUACAAUAUUAAUGAUAAUAUAUGUAUGUAAAUUUAUUAUAUUUAUAGACUCUCAUUAAGUUUAAAAUGUAAACGGAAGAACAUAUGUUUUAGUAUUUGUAUCAUAAAAAGAAUUAACAGAUAUGGAGUGUCUAUAAAUUUUUAGAGAAUUUAUUGAUCAUAUUCAAAGAAUUUUCAUAAUUGAAUAAUGUAAACAAUGAUAAAUUAAUCAUAGUGGAAUAAAGAUGUGAAAGUUAAAUCAAAAAUUUUGAUGUGAAACCUAUUCAGUAUAAAGAUAUUCACAAAUUAGUAAAAUAAGCAACAGAAUUACUUUAGAAAACACACUAAUAAGAUAAUUAUUAGUAAAAUGAUUUUGAAUAUUCAACUAAUGAAGAUCCAGAAGAUAAUUUGGAAUAUUUAGAUGAAGAUGAAUAAAUGUACAUGAUGGAUUAUGAAAAUUAAGCAUAAUUUAUGCCUAAUGAAGAUCCUUCAAAUUAAAUGACUUAAGAAUAAAUUAUGGAAUAUUAAAGAAUGUUAGAUAUGGAGUAAGAAUAGUAAUUUUAAGAGUAAUAUUAAUAAGAAUAAUAACAACAAAAAUCUAGGAAAGUUGAAGAAAUUCAUUUCAAUGAUAUUGGUAAUUAAAAAAAACAAUAAUAAAAUCAUAAUGUGGAAUAAAAAGUUCAAAAAAAAUAAUAAACCUAAUAAAGUGUAUAAAAAAAAUAAAAUGCCAAACCAAUUGAAAAGGUUCAAUAGAAUUUAAGAUAAAAUAAAUAAUAAAAAAUAUAAUAAUCGUAGUAAUAAUAAUAAUAAUAAUAAUAAUAAUAAUAAUAAUAAUAAUAAUAAUAAUAAUAAUAAUAAUAAUAAUAAUAAUAAUAAUAAUAAUAAUAAUAAUAAUAAUAAUAAUAAUAAUAAUAAUAAUAAUAAUAAUAAUAAUAAUAAUAAUAAUAAUAAUAAUAAUAAUAAUAAUAAUAAUAAUAAUAAUAAUAAUAAUAAUAAUAAUAAUAAUAAUAAUAAUAAUAAUAAUAAUAAUAAUAAUAAUAAUAAUAAUAAUAAUAAUAAUAAUAAUAAUAAUAAUAAUAAUAAUAAUAAUAAUAAUAAUAAUAAUAAUAAUAAUAAUAAUAAUAAUAAUAAUAAUAAUAAUAAUAAUAAUAAUAAUAAUAAUAAUAAUAAUAAUAAUAAUAAUAAUAAUAAUAAUAAUAAUAAUAAUAAUAAUAAUAAUAAUAAUAAUAAUAAUAAUAAUAAUAAUAAUAAUAAUAAUAAUAAUAAUAAUAAUAAUAAUAAUAAUAAUAAUAAUAAUAAUAAUAAUAAUAAUAAUAAUAAUAAUAAUAAUAAUAAUAAUAAUAAUAAUAAUAAUAAUAAUAAUAAUAAUAAUAAUAAUAAUAAUAAUAAUAAUAAUAAUAAUAAUAAUAAUAAUAAUAAUAAUAAUAAUAAUAAUAAUAAUAAUAAUAAUAAUAAUAAUAAUAAUAAUAAUAAUAAUAAUAAUAAUAAUAAUAAUAAUAAUAAUAAUAAUAAUAAUAAUAAUAAUAAUAAUAAUAAUAAUAAUAAUAAUAAUAAUAAUAAUAAUAAUAAUAAUAAUAAUAAACUUAAUUACCUUCUCAUUAAGAAGAUUCAAAAUAUUAAUAAACUUUUCAUUAAAAAGAAGAGUAUUAUGAUAAAAAUGAUAGGUAUAGAAGAAGAGAAUCUAAAGAAAGAGGCGAUUAAUAUGGAAGGAGAGAUGAAUAUUAUGGAAGAAGAGAUGAUUAUGGAAGAAGAGAUGACUAUUAUGGUAGAAGGGAUGAUUAUUAUGGAAGAAGAGAUGAUUAUUAUGGGAGGGAUGAUUAUUAAGGGAGAGAUGAUUACUAUGGGAGAGAUGAUUAUUAUGAUAGAGAAGAUAUUAAAAGAGGACCUGCAUUGACUGGAUAAAGCAUAAUUGUUCCUAGAAAUCCAAGUGAUUAAGAAUUAGGUAGAUUCUUUAGAGAAGUUAUAGGGAGAUUAUCAACUAAAGGCAAAAAUUGA